GUGGCCGGCGCGCCCAUGGCCCAGCGGGCGCCCAGGGAGCAGGGGCAGGACGAGGAGGAGGGAGCGGAGGAGGGGGAGGCGGCGAGGGGCAGCCAGGCGCGGGCCAGGAGCCAUGCGGAGCCCGCGGCCAGCGGCGGCAGGACCCAGGACCGGCAUGAGAGGAAGCGGAAGAGGCAGGAGGCGCAGCAGCUCCAGAAGAUCCAGCACCUGGAGUCUUUCUAUGAGAAACCUCCCCCUGGGCUAAUUAAGGAGAAUGAAACAAAACCAGAAGACUGCAUACCUGAUGUACCAGGCAAUGAAAGCGCACGAGAGUUCCUGGCACAUGCCCCAACAAAAGGGCUUUGGAUGCCUUUGGGAAAAGAAGUCAAAGUUAUGCAGUGUUGGAGAUGUAAACGUUAUGGACACAGAACAGGAGAUAAGGAAUGCCCGUUCUUUAUUAAAGGCAAUCAGAAAUUGGAACAAUUUAGAGUGGCACAUGAAGAUCCAAUGUAUGAUAUAAUAAGGGAAAAUAAGCGUCAUGAAAAAGAAAAGAGGAUACAGCAAUUGAAGCAGCUCCUGGAGGACUCUACCUCAGAAUCUGAUAGCAGUGAUGACAGUGAUGAGGAUGAUGAAGAUGGCAGCAGCUCCACUUCCUCAGAACAUAAACACAAGAAGAAAAAGAGAAAAAAGGAUAAGAAAAAGAAAGAAAAGAAGAAGAAGAAAAAGAGGAAGCAUAAAUCAUCCAAAUCUAAUGACAAGUCAGAAUCUGACUGACAGCAGACACCUGCUGCAUGCUCAUUGACCUCUCUACUUGUGAACUGCAAGGAAAGAUCCAAAGAAUGAUGAGGAAAACACCAGAAAGGGUUUUAUUAAACUUUGAACAUACAUGCGUAUGCAUACAGCAUCCUACACUGGCAUCCUCUUCUGCCCCUCUGCAGUCAGAAAGAAGAAAGCUGCAUUAAACCAUAUCUUUGUGCUGUAAAACCUAUGCUGAGAGUCAGCCAGCUUGGUCACAUGGGGCCUCUGCCUUGCUGCCCGUGACCAGCAGCAGAAAGCGGCGACCACCAAGAGAUCACUGACGAACCUGCAGCAUUAGCAGACUCUCUGUUGAAGUGUCUUUACUCCAUGAAGUUACUUUAUUAUAUACAAAGCCUCAUUAUAACAGGACUGCAGUUUGCACCAUGCAGAGCACUGAGAGUUCUUUUACAGUGCUUAUAAUGAGCAGGUUGUACUGUAUUUUCUUCUCCGCAUAUGUGCUGAAGUUCCGUGUACUUAUCCUAAUAUUGGCAGCUAGGGAAAUAAAGAGUACUGCUGCAGGGGAAAAAUGGUAAUCAAGGGGAUUUACUUUACAACAAAAUCGCACCCACAGCAAGACUUGAUUUUUUUUUUUGGUGUGUGUGGGUAACAAAAUCUCGAGAUCACCAUUAAUACACAAUUCUGAAAUGUCUCAAGUGAAACAUCUACACUCUCUAAACCAUAGAAGUGGGAGCCAAGAGUAAUGAUGUUAGAUAUUCAGCUUAACUUGAAAGAGCGUUUAGUUAUUUAAAAAGGGGAAUUUCACAUAAGAAAUUAAAAAGAUUAAUUUCUGCAUAUUCUUCAGUAUCAGUUGUUUUGAUACAAGUUGAGGGAGGUUUCCUUUUAAAAGGCUUGGGGGUAAUAAAUUCUCACUUUUUAUGUUUACUAGAUUUGAUGAGGUAACUUUUUUUAAUCAUCCCACAAGUAUAUAAAUGUGUAAGACUCUCAAAAUAGUUUUCAACUAUAUGCAUGAAGCCACAGAGCAAUAGUAAAGAUCUUGUAAGCAGGAAGAAGAGAAAAGUCUGUGUAUUUAGUUGACCUUACAUACUGACCACACUUUUCUUUUAAAUAAUCAUGGAGACUCAACCAGGGAGAUGGAGAUAGCUAUAAACAACAUUACAGUAACCAAUGCUCUUUGAAACCUCAAGGUACACUAGUACAGAGCUGUGACUUGAGGAAGUAGAUGAUGGAUACUGGUACUGUGCAAAAGGAAAGAAAAAACUAGAUUUGCCUUGAAAGAACUUCUCUAGAAUUUAGGCUCUGUGGGUAUGCUAGGAUUAAAAAAAAACCCUCACGAUAAAGUGAACAUUAACAGCGAAAUCAAGGAACCAUAGACUAAACUGCAUCUAAAAUAUUUUAUUUCCUUCAAAGUUUUGGAAGAGAGGACAAGGGAAAGUAUAAAUUAAAAUGAUUUUUCUCUCUCCUACAUGACUAAGAAUGACUUAGUAAAAGUAAACCCCCUUCCUUGCCCAUUCACAGUAUGUUCUGAGGAAAAACAAAAGACAAGCAAGACCUACUUAGGAAAAGUAUCAUAUUCUCAGAGCUUGAAGGUAGAGCUGUAAUUCUGCUUAUAUUUAGCAAAUCUCCCUAUGAUGGGAUUUACUUGUGGUAGUUCCCUAUCAGGAUCAUCAAACUCUAAGGCCCUUGCUCUUUCACCAGAAAGAUUUAACAGCUGAAAUAGCAUGGGGAGAUCUAUGAUGAACUGAUUCUCUUGGCCAGGAUAGACAGGGGCUCUGAGAAACCUGGUCUAGUGGGAGGUAGCCCUGUAUGUGUGAGGGGUUUGAAACUAGAUGAUCUUUACUGCCCCUUCCAACCCAAACCAUUCUAGAAUUCCUGUAUUGCCAUACUUGGUGCUGAGGUUAAUGCAUUUACAGAUUAUUGAACAGAUGCUAGAAGACUGAUAUUCACCUGAUGCAUUCCAAGAGAACUCUUACUCAGGCUGAUUGAGAGCAGGGCGAACUGAGGAUCUCUUCAGUUACUUUAGCUUUUGUCAUUUAAGAUUGUUCUGAAAUUUAGUUUAAUAAAUACAAAUUCAGUUUAUCAUGUGCAA